CCUCAGUGCAGAAAGAUGACUUUCCUCCACGAUGACUGCUACUUCCCCAACAGUUACAGGGGCCUCCACAGCUACCGGGGCUAUGACUACAGCAGCCCCUACAACUACAGGAGCUUUGGUGGCCUCUACGACUUUGGGGACCGCUAUGGCCAUGAUGGUCUGCAUGGUCACUGGGGCUUCUAUGGCUCUAGGGACCACUAUGGCUUUGGAGGUCUGAAUGGUGGCUACAGAGGCCUGUAUGGGGACUGCUAUAGCUACCCCGGCUGGUACAGCAGCCGCUACGGUCACCACUUCGGUUCACGAUACGGUCAACGCUACAGCUACGGGGGCUGGUAA